GAAUCCGAUCUCCUUUUGCCUCAUUUCACUUCGCGAUCCGAGACCGACAAGUGCUCCAACGCUCCGCGUGUGUCUCGUCGAUUCGCGUUUUCAAACAUGCGCUGCUCCUUCCGAUUCGCUUUUUUUCCUGUUGUUUUUUGCUCCAACUUGAAUGUUGCGGUUCCGCACUUCAGGAUGUGACAUGCUGAUCCAGAGUAGAGUUUUAAGUGUGUGACAGUUUUUGGGUGCUGUGUCGUGUUUUGUGACAGUUUUUCUCCUGGAUUUAUUUCCGUCUGGAAGAUGUGCAGCAGGGAAAUGAUUGGAGAACUUGUGGACAAGAUCCAUUCGGGUCUUCCAAAGUGCUCGGCCAGACUACCAGACUGGGAUAGUUUCACAGACAAUCUGCCUCGAUUCCACAUACCAGCCAUGCCAGCCGUCAGACGCGGCUGGUGCGGCUGUUUUCAGGAUGACGAACCCCCCGAGAUUACAUAUUGCGUGGUCGACACAACAGGAACUUUAUCACUUCAAGCCAUCACACCUACACAACCAAUGCCUUCACAAGAAGAAUUGGAUUCUAAAUUCGCAGAACUUGUGGAAGAGCUGGAUCUUACUGCACCAAAUAAAGCAGCCAUGCUCAGUUUACCCCCUCAGAAAAAAUGGCAGAUAUAUUGCUCAAGGAAAGGAAAGGACACAGUGGACGAAGCACAUGUACCAGAACAUUAUAUCGAGAGACUGCAUACCCUAGCAAAACUUCAAUACCCCGACCAGAACGCUGAAGAAGAGAUAAGAGCACGUACCAAACAAAUUGAUGGACUGAAAACUGCGUUACGCACGUCAACGCAUAGUUUUGUGAUAAAAUUUAUCGAACUCAAUGGACUGCCAGCGCUUCUAGAGUGCUUAGAAAAAAUGGACUACUUCACAGCUCAGAGUUCUGUACAUACCAGCAUAAUAGGAUGUGUGAAGGCUCUUAUGAAUAACUCAACCGGACGAGCUCAUGUUUUGGCUCACCCCACUAGUAUCAACACCAUAGCGCAAUCGCUCAGUACGGAGAACAUGAAGACGAAAAUAGCAGUCCUGGAAAUACUUGGAGCAGUCUGCCUAGUCUCAGGAGGCCAUAAGAAAGUCCUAGACGCGAUGCUACACUACCAAAAAUACGCUUACGAAAGAACUAGAUUCCAAGGUAUAAUAAAUGAUCUCGACAGAUCGACAGGCAUCUACAGGGAUGACGUUAACCUUAAAACAGCCAUCAUGUCCUUCGUUAACGCUGUCCUAAACUACGGCCAAGGCUCCGAGAACCUUGAAUUCAGGCUGCAUCUUCGGUACGAAUUCUUAAUGUUAGGUAUACAACCUAUAAUCGACAAACUGAGGAACCACGAGAACGAAACGCUGAACAGGCAUCUGGAUUUCUUCGAAAUGGUCAGAAACGAAGACGAGAAAGAACUAUCUAGGAAAUUCGAGCAAGAACACGUGGACACAAAGAGUGCCACAACGAUGUUCGAUCUUUUAAGAAAAAAACUCAGUCAUACAGCUGCCUAUCCUCACUUUCUAUCACUUCUUGAACACUGUUUAUUGUUACCGUUAGACUUAGGAUCCCAUCCCGAACAUUGGCUGCUGAUGGACAGAAUAGUCCAACAGAUCGUCCUCCAACAAACAGAAAGAGUGGAUGGUGUAGAACGUCACAAGGACCCGGACGUUCAAGCCGUUCAGAUAAACGUUAAAGAGAUCGUCCAUCAGUUAGCCAAAGAAGAAGAACUGGUUGCUGCCAGGAAGAAAGCUGAAGAGUUAGAACGCGAAAACACAGACCUAUCGAAUAGGCUUGCGAAGAAAGAACAAGAUCUGGACCACAGAACCCAGGAGAAAGAGGACAUCGAGUCUAGCCUCGCCAGAAUCAAAGACAGACUGGAAAAAGAAACAGCCUCUCACAUCGAAACAAGACAACGACUGAGCGAGACUGAAUACAGAACUGCUGAACUGGAAAGACAAAUUAUUUGUGAACGAGGAGAACGCCAUAGGCUCGAACAGUUGGUCACAACGGGGUCUAUAGCGGACGAUGCGAAGCUGAAAGGUUUGAAGGCGGUUUCCAUCGAGAACUCCUUCAAAUCAGACAAGCCAUGUCCUCCACCUCCCCCUCCAAUAGCUCCGCCUCCACCACCCCCAGGUCCUCCUGGUCCGCCUCCACCUCCUUGCUCGAUGCCCGUAGCUCCUGCAGCUGAAAUAUUCAAGUUGGAGGUGGUUCAGAAGAACGUUCCUCAACCUUCGAACCCUUUGAAGUCUUUCAACUGGUCCAAGAUACCGGAUACCAAAUUGGGAGGGACCAUUUGGAGUGAGCUCGAUGACACAAAACUCUACAACGCCAUGGAGUUGGAUUCUAUUGACAAACUGUUCUGUGCCUACCAGAAGAACGGUGUUGUGAACGAAGGAUCGAUUGAAGAUCUGCGCAAUCUGGGAAAGCACAAGACCAAAGUUCUGUCAGUGAUCGAUAGUAGGAGAGCUCAGAAUUGUACAAUAUUGCUUUCCAAGCUCAAAAUGUCGGAUGACGAUAUAACCAAAGCAAUUUUGAGUAUGGACAGUAAAGAACAGUUACCAAUAGAUAUGGUAGAACAGUUACUCAAAUUUACUCCAAGUUCCGAAGAGGCAGCACUUCUGGAAGAACACAGCGAUGAGAUCGAUUCCCUGGCGAGAGCUGAUAGGUUCCUUCACGAAAUAUCAAAAGUGGCCCAUUAUGAACAACGUCUGCGUUGCCUGCAUUACAAGAAGAGGUUCAACAUUACAGUCAACGAAAUAUGUCCGAGGAUAAAGAAUGUCAUGGAGGCAUCUAGGGAGAUCUCCAGAUCUAGAAGACUGAGGAAGUUGUUAGAGAUUGUUUUGGCCCUUGGGAAUUACAUGAAUCGAGGUGCCAGAGGUAAUGCAUCAGGAUUCAGAUUGGCAUCACUGAACAGACUGGCCGAUACAAAAUCUAGCGCUAGUAAAGGAACGACCCUGUUGCAUUACCUCGUUGAUAUUCUCGAGAAAAAAUUCAGAGAUGUUCUGAAGAUCGACGAAGAUAUUCCUCAUAUCCACGAGGCUGCGAAAGUCUCCCUAGGUGAACUCAACAAGGAUAUGGCCCAUCUCAGAGCUGGUUUGAGAGAUGUUGCUAAAGAGAUCGAGUUCCAUCUGAGUCAGAGUCCCUUGGCCAAUGACAAGUUUGUACCGGUUAUGAGGGAAUUCCAGGCAACUGCCACGUGUCGACUGGCCGAAAUUGAGGAUCAAUAUCAGGACAUGAAGACGCGGUUCGAGAGAGCGGUACGCCUCUUCGGAGAAGAUCCCAACAACACUCCACCAGACGAGUUCUUCGGCGUCUUCGACUCCUUCCUCACCUCCUUCGCUGAGGCUCGCCACGAUAACGAAAACAUGAAACGUAGACAAGAAGAGGAAGAAAAGAGGGCAAAGCAAGAGGCCGAACUGAAGAAGCUCACCCUGGAGAGGAAACACAGUCGCGAGGGAAUCCUCUCGAAGAUAAGCAAGAGUAUGAGCAUCAAGAGCAACGGUGACAGCAACCAGAAGGGCGAAUUCGACGAUCUGAUUUCGGCUCUAAGGACCGGCGACGUCUUCGGUGAGGAUAUCGCCAAGUUCAAGAGGUCGAGGAAGAGCAGGAUCGGUACCGGAGGCUCUCCUCCCCGGAGGAACUCUUCGGCAAGAGAAGAUAGUAGGGAUAGGGUCAUCGCCAAUGGCCGUUGUCAGUAAACAAGACCAUUCUCGACAUGACUGAUUUUUUUUUGUGGUACAAAUCUCUGAAAUUUCAAAACCAGGCCUAUCGGAUUCGUUUGCUCUCGAUUUUGGUGGUUAUUAUUACUCUUACAAUGUAUACUUCUGUUUAUAUGUAUAUUUUUUUAUAAACUUUUAUUAUUCGAAUCAUUUUUUAUUGGACCUACAUACGUGGAUUUUUAGAUCACUGUAAUAAUUUUGUACAAUAUUUAAUUGUUAGCAUAGUUUGUAUUUUAUACGAAUCAUAUUGAAUGUUUGUAUGGUUAGAAUAGAUUUUAUGUAUGUUUAUAUUGCAAAGCUUUGAUAUAGAACUGAUUGCAGCAGUGAAAUAUAUCAUUGUUAAUUUAUUUUAAAA